AUGAGUCUCGGCGGAACUACAAAUUUGCUUUUUUGGAUCGAUCGUCAGCGCAGGCGCCGCGGGCACUCACCUCAAGAGUCCUGCGGUUCUGUUAUGAUGUUGAUCCGGGGUCACAAUACUUUUUGCUCUUGCUCCAGAUCCUACGAUAACUCUAGGGGAUCGAAAUCACAUCAGAUCGGGAAUGAGGGGACAAGAUGUGUCCAUGGUUGCGGGGGGUUCAGGUUCAGUAUGGACGGACGCUCGAGCAAGGUCGAGGACCGUUUUGACAUGGAGGAAUUCCUUUCUUUCAUUUUCCUCAGUCCCCUCGACUACCAGAUUUUUUUUCUGUUUGUGGAAUGUGCCAUGGGUACCAACGACUUGGCGACUGUUGUAUGUCUGAUAUUGUCUGACAUUAGGCUGGUCGUGCCCAUUAUGAGGUCUUCUUUGAAAUUCGCAUGUUGUCUACACCUGAAUCUGAUGUGA